AUGUCCGAAGCAAAGUCAAUCAUUGUUAUUGGUGGCUCGCGUGGCAUUGGCCUGGGCAUAGUGAAACAGGUGUUGUCUGCUUACCCCCAAGCCACUGUUUUUGCCACUGCCAGAAACCCCGAUAAGGCAACUGAGCUUCAGGCUCUUUCCGACUCAAACAAAGGAAGAAUUCAGAUUGUGGCUGUUGAUGCAGAUGACUCAAAUUCUGUUCUCCAGGCUGCUGCUAAAAUUGGAGAAAAAAUUGGGUCUCUAGAUGUUGUGAUUUACAAUUCUGGCGUUUUGAGUGGAUUUGGAAAUCUGCUUGACGUGGGCGCUCAGCCUUUGAUUGAGAACAUGACUACGAAUGUUUAUGGCGCGUACCACGUUGCUGUUGCGUUCGUGCCGCUUUUAUUGAAGUCCAAAUACGAGAGGAAGUCUCUGGUCUUCCUUUCUUCCUCGUUUGCUUCUAUGCAGCUGGCCGAUGAGAUUACUGCGGUUCACGAAGAGGCAUUUGGAAAAGGAUUUGACGCGACAGCACUGUAUAACGUUUCAAAGACUGCUUUGAAUCGUCUAGGAAAGGAGCUUGACACUGUUCUGGCCCGACAGGGUUUGCCUGUUCUUUUGGUUCAUCCUGGAUUGGUGAAGACUGAUAUGAACGCUUAUGGAAAUAUUGAAGUGCCGGAAAGUGCCACUGGAGUUGUUAAUGUAAUCCAAACCUAUACCCCCGGGAAGAAGAACUUCUACAGCUGGAAUGGCGAUGCGCUGCCGUGGUAA